AUGAAAUUGGCGAAGGCCAGAAGAGCCGUCCUGUGGUCUCUGCGACCAAGGAGGUUGACUGCUAGAAAAUCAACAGUUCCAAAACACUCAAAGAACAAACAAUCACAAUAUAAUGUUGUGCUAACUCCCACUGACGCGUUAGAAGUCGAAGACGCCGAAAAGGAAGGAGCUGAUCCUGCGCGUCCUGAACGUCAACCACCAUUGGAGGUUGAGACGCAGCGGGCCGCUGCAGGAGAGUUUGCAACUGCAAGGUCUGACAUUCUGGGCAAGAGAGGGCGACUCGACAUGGUACACCCGGACAUUGCCAUCCACGAGGAUGCCGAGGAUAGCUUCCAUGACGCUCGUAAGUCGCAGAAACCACUGCGCAGUCACGACAUGGACCAGCCGCAGUAUGACGAGGAAGAUGACUCCAUACCUGGGUCCUGCUCCGAGGAUUCGGAAGAGAGUGAGGACAAAGUCGACGAGAGUGUCAUGGAAGACAUGCGGAAACUAGAGGAGAGUUUCAAAGGCAUCUCUGAAAAAUACCGGUUGAUCAACCGCAUCGGAGAAGGCACAUUCUCGACGGUGUAUAAAGCGGAACAACUCCCUCAGGCGGAUGAUUUCGACCAAGAGAAUGACGUGCCCUCGGGGGUGCUUGAUGAAGAUAUGCCAGCAUGCAAGAGACGGAAGACCAAUUCUACAGACCAACACAUGCGAUCUCGACGAAGGCCCCAGAUUGUGGCUCUGAAGAAGAUCUACGUCACGUCGUCCCCCCACCGAAUCCUCAAUGAACUGGAGCUGUUGCACGAAUUACGAGACUCGCCGUAUAUUUGUCCGCUGCUGACGGCAUUCAGACACCUCGACCAAGUCGUUGCUGUGCUGCCAUAUUUCAAACAUCUGGAUUUUCGGCUAUACUACCGCGAUUUCCUGGUCAAUGACAUGCGUCACUACUUUCGCAGCCUGUUCAAUGGGCUGUGGCACGUUCAUAAAGCUGGAAUCCUGCAUAGAGACAUAAAGCCGACCAAUUUCCUCUACGAUCACUCGAAACGACAAGGAGUGCUUGUUGACUUUGGUCUUGCUGAGCGCCAGGGUACAGACUGGCAACAGUGUCUCUGCACAGAAUUCAAGGAGCGACGCAAAGACAAAUUUCUCAACUCAGUCGCCAUUCAGAUGGUACAGAACCAAGCUGACCUGAUGUCUAAUGGCCAUCCCAAGAAUGAUAGUCGACCUUCACGACGAGCAAACAGGGCAGGCACAAGAGGUUUCCGAGCACCGGAAGUCCUGCUCAAAUGCACAUCGCAGACCACCAAGAUCGACAUCUGGUCUGCAGGUGUCAUCUUAUUGACGCUGUUAGCACGAAGAUUCCCAUUUUUCAACAGUGCUGACGACGUCGACGCCAUGAUCGAGAUCGCCUCUAUCUUUGGUCGGAAGAAGAUGAAGGGUGUUGCUGCUAUGCACGGCCAAGUCUUUGAAACCAACAUUGAAACCAUUGGCGAGCGUGGUUUUACACUCGAGAAAAUUAUCCUUUGGGCAAGCUGUCGAGAGAAGGAACAUGACCAGCUCCGCGCUGGUGAGGCGCAAGCCGUUUCAUUCUUGGAGGGUCUCCUUGAACUUGAUCCUGCUAAAAGAUUGAGCGCGAAAGAAGCACUGCAGCACGAGUUCUUCACAGCACCUGUCGAGGACGAGGAAGAGCGCGCAGAGCGAGAGGCACAAGAUGAGCUCGAAGAAGAGCAGAGAUUAAGGCGUCGCUGAUAAUAUUGUCACAGCAUUUUUGAGGUGUUUGAGGAAUUCAAUGACAGCCUGGUAGAAGUGUAUUAUUAGCAAGCUAGAUACCCCCUGGGACAUUGGACGGCAGGGCAUUGCAUGGUGAGGCUUGUGUUUGACGAACAGUGUGCUUGAUGGGGGAGGGUUUUUGACGAGAUGAAGAAAUGUCCUCGACGCGAAUAGAGCGCCAUUUUAUACAAAUGAAGAAGAAAC